GAUUUGCCUUGUGAUCCACGUUCGCUGGACGGACUACAUUGGGCGAGACGUUGACAAGAAUUGUCUAUAAAAUACCGUCUCCCCUUCGCGGAACAGAAACAUUUUUUCAUCACAGCACCCAACACUCCAAAGUCAACAGACCAAGCAAACUACUACUACUACCUACUCACUUCGCAACUCAAUCCACCCUCAGUCUUGUCAAGAUGGUUCAAAUGACCGCAGUCCUGUUCCUCGCGGCGGCGAGCUCCGUCCUUGGAGGUGCGAUUCCCGGGGACUACUGGCCCAAGAACAAGGUCACCAAGACCGUCACCGUCACCGCCACCGAAACCGACACCAUCACCAACACUGUCACCGCCACCGACACCAUCACCAACACUGUCACCGCCACCGACACCAUCACCAACACUGUCACCGCCACCGUAACCGACACUGUCACCGAGACCGAUACGGUUACGGUCACUGUCACCAAGAAGCAUGGAAAAGGUCAUCACAAGUACCCGUACUACUAUGUGACCGCCUCUCCGACACCCAGUGAGACUCCCAGUCCCUCUGAGACUCCCAGUGUCUCUGAGACUCCCAGUGUCUCUGAGACUCCCAGUGCCUCUGAGACUCCCAGCGCCUCUGAGACUCCCAGUGCCUCUCCGACACACUAUGCCUGGAACAGGCUGUAAAGCCCCGACACCUCAUGCACGAAACAUUGCGCUAUGUUUCGUGAAAGUUUAUGGUCACCUUGAGGGCCAUGAGAUGUCUGCUUGCAUUACUUUGGAGGAUAAAAGAGAAGCAGAAGAUGGUACUACACUAGGUAUCAACGAAGGUGAAAGUCUUGCGGCUUUUGACUUGGCGGAAGGGAUACAUCAAUGUAUUUCGAACAUUUGGG